ACGUCACUUAUAAGCGUCACAUCUUUGUCAGUGAACAAAAUGGCAACCUACUGCUUGACUGUCGCCCGGCUUCAGCUUGCACUGGGGCAUGGCAUCCGACGGCUGCAUGUGUCUGCGGCCUUUUGUGCAAGAGCUAAGGUGUCCAUGAGCCACUUUGAGCCCAGCUCCUACAUCGCCUAUGAGAAGCUCCAAUCAAAUGUCAACACUGUACGCAAAAGGCUUAACAGGCCACUCACCCUAUCAGAGAAGAUCGUGUAUGGCCAUCUGGAUAGCCCCGCCGAUCAGGAAAUUGUUCGAGGGCGUACGUACUUGCGCUUGCGCCCGGACAGGGUGGCAAUGCAAGAUGCGACUGCGCAGAUGGCCAUGCUGCAGUUCAUUAGCAGUGGGCUGCCUAAAGUAGCUGUGCCGUCUACCAUCCACUGUGACCACCUUAUUGAGGCUCAGGUAGGGGGAGCCCAGGACCUGCAGAAAGCAAAGGAAGUGAAUCAGGAGGUUUACAACUUUCUUGCCAGUUCUGGGGCUAAAUAUGGUGUGGGUUUCUGGAAGCCAGGUUCUGGAAUCAUCCAUCAGAUUAUUCUGGAAAACUAUGCCUACCCUGGGGUAAUGCUGAUAGGUACAGACUCUCACACACCUAAUGGUGGUGGACUGGGUGGUAUCUGCAUUGGAGUGGGUGGAGCUGAUGCUGUUGAUGUCAUGGCAGGAAUUCCAUGGGAGCUUAAGUGUCCCAAAGUCAUUGGUGUGAAGUUGACAGGCACGCUGUCAGGUUGGACCUCACCAAAGGACAUAAUCCUGAAAGUGGCAGGCAUCCUGACUGUAAAAGGUGGCACUGGUGCUAUUGUGGAGUACCAUGGGCCUGGAGUGGACUCCAUCUCCUGUACUGGAAUGGCUACGAUCUGUAACAUGGGUGCUGAAAUUGGAGCUACCACAUCUGUUUUCCCUUACAAUCAUCGCAUGAGGACAUACCUGGAGAAAACCGGCCGUGCAGAUAUUGCUGCUUUGGCUGAGGAGUACAAAGAGCUCCUGGUCCCAGACACUGGCUGUGAAUAUGACCAGCUGAUUGAGAUCAACCUGAAUGAGUUGAAGCCACACAUCAAUGGUCCCUUCACUCCUGACCUGGCUCACCCAGUCUCAAGCAUUGGAUCUGUGGCAGAGAAAAAUGGGUGGCCCCUAGAUGUUAAAGUUGGUCUGAUUGGAAGCUGCACUAACUCAAGUUAUGAGGAUAUGGGAAGAGCCGCCUCUCUAGCUAAACAGGCUCUUGACAAAGGACUCAAAUGCAAGGCCAAAUUCACAAUCACCCCCGGGUCAGAGCAGAUCCGUGCCACCAUUGAAAGAGAUGGUUAUUCUAAGAUCUUCAAUGAUGUUGGAGGAGUUGUCCUGGCCAAUGCUUGUGGACCAUGCAUUGGACAGUGGGACAGGCGUGAUGUUAAGAAAGGAGAGAAAAACACAAUUGUCACAUCAUUUAACAGAAACUUCACAGCUAGAAAUGAUGCUAACCCUGCCACCCAUGCCUUUGUCACAUCUCCAGAGAUAGUCACAGCUCUUGCCAUUGCUGGCACACUGAAAUUCAAUCCUGAGACUGACUACCUGACAGCUCCCAAUGGAGAAAAGUUCAAGCUGCAACCCCCCACAGGCGACGAACUGCCUGCCCGUGGCUUCGACCCUGGACAGGACACAUACCAGCAUCCUCCAUCAGAUGGCACAGGCCUCAGAGUGGACGUCAACCCACAGAGCAACCGCCUGCAGCUACUGGAGCCCUUCGACAAGUGGAAUGGCAGAGACCUGGAGGACUUGCAAGUUCUCAUAAAGGUGAAAGGCAAGUGCACUACAGACCACAUCAGUGCUGCUGGGCCCUGGCUGAAAUUCCGUGGUCAUCUGGACAACAUAUCCAACAAUCUUCUCAUUGGAGCUGUUAACGUUGAAAAUGACGCUGUUAAUAAGAUCCGUAACCAGCUGACUGGAGAGUUUGGUGGUGUUCCUGAUGUUGCCCGGGAGUACAAGAGGAAUGGUGUUUCGUGGGUUGUGGUGGGAGAUGAGAACUACGGUGAGGGGUCUAGUAGAGAACACGCUGCCCUUGAGCCCAGACAUCUAGGAGGCAGGGCUAUUAUUGUCAAGAGCUUUGCCAGAAUCCAUGAAACAAACUUGAAAAAGCAAGGUCUGCUUCCUCUUACCUUUGCUGACCCUGCCGAUUAUGAAAAAAUCCGCCCAGAUGACAAAAUAUCCAUCACAGGUCUAAAGACCUUUGUCCCUGGAAAGCCCCUGCAGGCCAUCCUCAAACACAGUGAUGGCAGCAAGGAAACCAUCGAGCUGAAUCACACUUUCAACGAGACUCAGAUUGAAUGGUUUCAGGCAGGCUCUGCCCUAAACAGGAUGAAGGAGCUGCAGAAGUAAAAGAAAGCAUACUACGAGUAAAAGGAGCUGGAUUUGAAACAGACAGAUCAUAUUUUUGGGGGGCCAGGAGUAAGCACACUCCUAUGCAAAGCACUACACCGGAUUGAUUUAUAAGUACCCAGUUAAACAAACAGUUCUGCAGGAAAGUCAUCCAAAUAUGCAAAUUGAUACAGAAGCACGAGGACAUGUGAGGAGCAUGUCAGUCAAAGGCCUUGUACUCCACACAGAUAUUUUAAGUUGCAUGAAGUUUCAGUGACUCUACCACUUUACAUUUUUGGAUGGUUUGAUUUGAAGAGGUAUUUUGAUUGGGUUCCUCACCCAAUCACAACCUUAUCACAAUCAGCUUAACAAUCGUUGCUUUUUAUUUGCUAGUCAAAUAAAACAUACAUAUGCUGCAAUGAAUACUGCUCGAGAAACUUUGUGUAGUUUGCUGUAGUAUAAGGUGUGAGCAAGUUGUAAGACUGAUAUGCCAUAUUACUGCGGUAUUAACUAUUCUCUGAGUAAUUUUACUGUAAGGGAGAGCCCUGGCUGUGUGUUGUCUUGUACCAAUACCAACUUGCUUGUAUAUAGAAUCAGCACUUGUGCUUCAGGUGACGCAUCUUAAAAUUUUAAAGAGUGCUUAUUUAUUAAUAUUAUCAGAGAAAUUCAAAUCUCCAUUAAUUUUUGUCCAUAGUUGUUGAUUAAAGAUCAAAUUGAAGAUGAGCCUUUUGUGUUUUGAGAGCAUUUUCUUUUCUGUGUAUUUUUGCACACAUAAUGGAGCUGUUUGUUUAGGGUUUUUUUAAACACCCUAUAAGAAAACUUGGGGUAUACCUUACAUUGCCACACUAGUGAAUAUUGGAAUAUUGUAUAUCUCACUUGAAUCUGAUGAUUAGAAUGCUGAAAUAAACUGAUGAAUUUGUACUCUUCA